CGCGUGCUCGAGUCGCUGCCCGAGGCCUCGCACGUCAACGCCCUCGCCGAGGCGCGUGGUCCCUCGCCCGCCGGCCUGCCGGCGUCGCUGGCGCGCGACGUCGACGCCGCCCUCGCCGGCCUGGCGCCGGCACAGCGCGCCAAGACGCACCUGUGCAGCGACGGCUACGACGUGCUCGCCGUGCCGCUGGCCAACGAGCGCUGGCGCGAGCGCUGGGAGCGCCUCUGCCUCGCGCCGCACCCGUCGCCGGCGAACGGCCACAUGGCCGCCGCAGAGGGCGCGCAGGCGGCGCACCUGGCCAACCCCGGCGCCAUGGGCGGCUCGUGGGAGCUGCUAUCGCGCGGCGCUGGCGGCGGCAUGGCGCGCUCCAGCUCGCGCCCGCUGGCCCUGGCACAUGCCACGGGCGCUGCUGCGUCGGCGGCGGCCGCUGCUGCUUCGCCGCACAACGCCGACGCGACGCAGCGCGAGGCCGAGGAGUGGCGCCGCGCACCGGCGUUCCGGAGGGGCGAGGUCAACAUCUCGAAGCUUGAAGAGACAGACGGGCUCAUCGCCGUGCUGAGCCCCUGGCUCGAGCUCGACUCGCCCGACGAGGGCGUGCGCAUCGAUAGCGAGAUUGCGCUGCGGCAAGAGGUGGCAUAUGCCUCCUACCUCGGCAUCGCGCACGUCGUGCUGCCGGCGCCGUCGAGCGAGCCGAGCCACGCGCCGUUCCUCGCAUCGUAUGCGCGCGCAGUGAGCGCGUGCCUGAGCAGCGGCGGAGCCGAAGGCGCGCCGGCGGGCAGCUGGAUGCAGCUCUCGGUCCGGCUGCCCGUCUCGUCGACGUAUGCGGCGCAGCAGCAGCUCGUGCGCCAGGCGCGCGCGAGCGCUAGCAGCGUCAGCGUCGAGAGCAGCGCGUCGGAACGCAGCAGCGCCAACCUGCGCGCCGACAAUGACUGGGCCUGGACGACGUGGGAGCGGCUGCGGCAUCUGUGCGCCUACUCGCCGCGCCUCAGCGUGGCGCUCGACCUCUGCGCACCGCUGCCGCCCGCUGCGGCACUUGCGCGCUGGCCGGCCGAGCCCGUCGGCGCCGUGUUCCUGCCGGCGCGCGCCUUUCUUGCCAACGCCAAGGGCUUUCCGGUGCUUUCCAAGGCGUCGCAGGCGCUGCUGCGCGCGCUCCUGCGCCGGCGCCCUCCCGUCGUGCUUUCGGGCGUGCACGAGCCACCAGCGCGGCACAGCCGAGGCGUGCCGGCGGCGUAUCUGCAGUACGUGCGCCAUCUCGAGCGCAGCGCACCACCAGAGAGCGCCGUCGAUGUCUUUGCGCGUGGCUACGGCGACUGGCUGCAGGCGCCGCUGCAGCCGCUUAUGGACAAUCUCGAGGGUACGACGUACGACGUCUUCGAGCGCGAUCCCGUCAAAUAUCAACUAUACGAGGAGGCCGUCUUCCAGGCGCUGAGCGACCGCCCGGCGACGGCGGGCACGGCGUCCGUGUGGGUGUGCGGAGCCGGGCGUGGCCCGCUGGUCAGCCGCGUGCUCGCCGCGGCGACGCGGGCCCGGCGCAAUGUUCGCGUGGUGGCCCUCGAGAAGAACGCCAACGCGCUCGUGAGCCUGCAGGACAAGUCCGUCACCGAGUGGGGCGAGCGAGUCGAGGUGCGCUUCGGCGACAUGCGCAGCGCUGCCGUGCCGCCCGACGUGCGCGACCGCGCCGACAUUGUCGUCUCCGAGCUGCUCGGCAGCUUUGGCGACAACGAGCUGAGUCCGGAGUGUCUCGACGGCGCGAUGCGCUUCUUGAAACCGAACGGCAUCUCGAUUCCCGCAUCCUACACACCCUUCCUCUCGCCGCUUUCCUCCGCCAAGCUGCACCACGAGGUGCUGAGCACGGGCGCCAACUCCAGUGCGGGGCCCUCGGUCGGCAGCCUCGUCGACCGACAGACCAAGUCGGCCGAGACGCCGUACGUCGUCCUCUUCCAGGCCGUCGCCCACCUCGCGGCGUCCGGCGGCCGCGGCAACUGGGAGGCGGUACAGCACACCUGGACGUUUGAGCACGGGCCGGUCGAGAACACGCCGACGGUGCGAGAUGCCAGCGGCCUGCCGAUAACGAACCUGCACAACAUUCGCUCCUCCACGCACACCUUCCACAUCCCGCACGCCGGCGUCUGCCACGGCCUGGCGGGCUACUUUGAGGCGCACCUCUACGGCGACGUGCACUGCUCCAUCCAUCCCGAUCCAGCACGCGGCUCGCCAGACAUGCUCAGCUGGUUCCCGAUCUUCUUCCCCUUCCGCGACCCGCUCUACCUGCCCGCACAGGCCGAGCUCGACGUGCACAUGUGGCGCUGCACCUCCGGCCGCAAGGUCUGGUACGAGUGGGCUGCCGAGGCAUACCUCAGUGCCGCCGCGCUGGCGCCGCCGCCGCUCGGCGCAUCGGGCAGCACGGCCAGCGCACACACCGUCUCGGCCGGCGCGCAGCCGCAGCGUGCCGCGUCCGGCACCUCGCACAUGAGCGAGGGCGCCGAGAGUCUGGCGUCGGCCACGUCGUCCGCGCCGCCCUUUCAGAACGCGCCGCACACACCCAUGCUGCCCUCCGUCGGCCUGCCGGGCGGUGCCGCUGCGUCUGAGCCGCCCAGCCUCGGCAUGGGCCAGCCGCCGCGCGCGGCCUCGACGAACGCUGGCGCAGUGCAGUUGCAGCGCAUCAAGAUCGCGCAGACGGCGCUGAUGAACCCCGGCGGGCGGAGCUCGUGGGUGGGCAUGUAGAGCACGCCAGGCGCGGGCCUGUGCGCGCGCCUCUGCGAGCGCAUGUGGCCCUGCACGUCCGUCUCCGCACAGCACGACUGCACGCAGGCAUGCAAUGCAAUUGUCAUCGAUCCG